UAGUUUGAAAAAAAAAAGGUUUCUCACGUUUCCUUGAUAAAGUCUUUUUUUAACGAUCGUUCUUUUUUGUCCGGGGUUUUCUGUUUGCGGGGUGUUUGCAUUACAUUACACCGUCUCCUCCGCGUCAUUAGCGAUCGAUAGUUCCAAGUUCCGGGACAUCAUCAUAUGAUUGAUCUUGAACUUUUCAUCAAAAGUCGCAUUAGACGCGGGCUAGCUAGAUCUAGUGACCAUGGAUAACCUAGGCCUUUCAUGGAUGUGUUCUUGAAUUGUUAUCUCAUGCAAAUUUUGCCACACAAAGAUUGCCGAAACAGACGUUUGUCAUGGUGUUUUCAGCAAGCAUGUCAGUGUGAGGUGCUGGAUGUUUUCCCAGUAGUAGCGUUGUGACCCAGAUUUGACUUUUGUGCUGAUCAUUGCCUCUUGGUGGAGUAAGAGGCCUCACGGCUAGCUAGCAUGAUGAAAGCAGAUGUCGAUUAUAAGUUGCCAAAAAGGAUGAAAAAGCGUCGGCAGCUAGAUGCCUUAGUGGACACUGUCAAAUUACCUCGGAACCGAAUAAACAGCACCAGUGCUCAGGAGCUACUUGACUAUCACUCAGAUUCUUCAGAUUUGGAGGAGUACUCGGCCAGCUCUAUAGGACAUUCCAGGAAAAAAUGUUGCUUAUGUCACACGGUUGUGGCUCGCAUUGGGUUAUUCAUGGUCACUAUGGCAUGUCUCACAACAUGUGUUGGGUUGGUGUGGGUCCAGUGGCACAUUCGACAUGAACUUGAUAUUCUGCGCAGAGAAGUUAAUUCAGUGCAGAAUGCGGACAAAACCUCUCCCGAACUGAUGAAGUUCCAGUCUCAGCUGACUACUAUCAACGGCACGGUCAACAGUCUCAAAGCGGAGAACAUACAGAGCAUGACCAAAGACAUCAAGGGACUGAAGGACCAGAUGGACAAACUGGCGGCAGAUACAGAGAGAUUGUCCAAGUCCGUGACAUCAGCCUCCGAGAUUCUUGACAUUCCAAACAAACUGAAAAGUCUACAAGAAACUGUUGCGACUGCUACAAACGAACUUGUGGACUUGAAGCAGAAAGUUGAGAAGCUGAUGGAACCAAAGCCCUCUCCUGCGUCGCCUUCUGCUGCCAGUACGCCUGCCUCAGAGCUCAGUGCUGCAGGUGUAGAUGCACAGUAUGCGACCAUGCUGUCUGAGGAGUUCUUGAAUCUGAACAGGUCAACGGUCUCCCAGUUGUCCGAGGUGCGCAAAGCUCUGGACCAGCAGUCGAGUCGAAUCUCUGUGCUGGAGACUUCGCUGGCAGAAGCACACCCAGCUGGACUGGGUAUAGAGGCCAUUGAAGACAUCGUGCAAGGGACGGUCCGUGAGAUGCUGGCGAACACUACAAGCAGAGCGGUCAAUGAUGGGCAGAACACAGAUCAGGUUAGCGCUGAGCAGCUGGACAUUGUGAAAGAACAGGUUGAGAGCAUCAUGGGAGAUGUCAAGAAGAUGGAAUCAGCCAGCGAUCGAGUCAGUUUUGGGGAUUACUCUGCCUUCAAAGAGGACACAAUAGCUAACUUUGAGGAGGUCAACUCGACCCUGCUGAGCCUGAACCGCGAGCUAGACGCGGUCAGCAUGAGGAUCAGCUCGAUGGGUCAGAACCUGAUCAAGAUGACCACUGCCUUGGGACAGGGGGGUUUGUUGAUGCCCGGGCCUGUCAUGCCGGAAGCUUCUGCAGCCUUUCCCAGUAACGGUGCAGACGCUCCUUCUGAGGGAACCGCAGCCGGGGAAAGUACAGCUAAUGCAGCAGCCGGGGAAAAUACGGAUGGCGCAGCAGCUGAGGAUAGUACAGAUGGGGCAGCAGCUUGGGAUAGCACAGCUAAUGCAGCAGCCAGGGAUGGUAAUAUACCAUCCAAUGAUAGCACAAGUGGUAAACCAUCCAGUGAAAAUGGGAUCCCAUCAGAGGGUGAGAGCAGUGGUCCUCCACAAGAUGACCUUCCCACAGUGUCCACAGCUGCCCACGAGACACCUGCUCCCACUGAGUCCCAAAACUCUGGUCUAAGUCUGUCCAAUGUGAAUACCAUAGAAGAUCUGAAGAAGUUCAUGAGCACCCUGCCGUUAAAAGAAGGACAGAUUGAGCUUUCAGUCCUCACCCCGUAUCUAGAUAAUGCAGACUUGGAUCAGGGCAAAAUGGAAACUUUUGACUUGGAUAGAAAUGGCCUUCUCUCUGCGGAGGAAUUGGCUGCAGCGUUGGGGUUACAGGAUAGUCCAAGGAGAUAGUUGAUGGAGGACACUUGGGUCUACAGUGCUACAGAAGUUGACACCGGCGCUGAACACUUGCUUGGGACACUUGGACAUCUGUGCAACCUCCACCUGUUUGUCCUAAGUGGAAAACGUUUCGAACAAAAUCCCUCCCCUGGCCCGACCAAUUGCCAUUGUGUAGCAAUGCGACAGAAUGAGUCUCUCGUUACAUACGCUCAGCUGUUUGGAUAAUUGGACAAAAUCUUGAUUUGUCUGUUCUAGCUCUCCUACUUCAAUUGACUGUAACUUUGGAACUAAAGUAGAGCGAGACUCAUACCGUUUUCACCCUUUUGUAAGUUUGAACAGAUAUAUAUUUAAUUUGUUGCCCAUGGUGUCAUAUUGUGGAAAUGUGGCCUGUGACUCAAUUUUGUUGUGUGGCUACACAAGUAUUUAGAACAAAAUCCCUCCUUUGAUGUGCCCACAUAUUGUAUACCUGUCGCUGAUUUUUUCGCUUGUUUUUUAUAGUUUACAUCAGCACGAGUUUGUCUGUUUGUUAAUGUAAAUUAAUAUAUUUUUAUUAGCUGAUGAUAUUGCGAUGGUACAAGUUGGACUUGCAGACGGUUUAAAACUGUCAAAAUUCUGAGUUCGGAGGUAUCUUAUUUACAAGUUUUGUCAGUCUUUCAGGGGGCUGUUUAUGGAAUUUAAGGCUAAAUUGUGAGACUACAAGUAUACGCAGUGCAGUAUGUCAUGUAUUUUAUUCCAUUUUUCCUCGUUGAGUGGCUGUAAAGCAAGAAACUGCCGAGUUAGAGAGUCGGGGGCGUUUUUAAACUGUACUUUGUAAAGUGAUUCUAGGCAACAUGCUACAUUUGUCUUGCUAUGACUGUAGAUGUUUCGAUUUUUAGUGACUGAUCUGAUGUGGAUUCUGGUCACCUGGAAGUUGUCUAUUCCAUAAUUAUAUACAAAUCCCAAUACCAAUGUCCUUCCCCUUUGUUUGACCUAUGGUUGUUUUUUUUUUAGGAUGAGAUUUUUGUGAAAAGUUGAAAAAGAUCCAUGGGCUUGAUUUAAUGCUGUGCAAACGUGAAGUGACCUUUGCUUGCAGAAAUAGGAAGUAUUGAAUUUCACGCUCUGAACGGUCAUUAUUUUUGUACUGACUAGCAGACUUCUCCUCAGGAUAGUAAAGAUAUUGAGUGAGUUGAUGACGAGGCUCUCAUGUCAUUACAGUCAGUUACACACCCUGUGUUCUCACUCAGUCACAGAAAAUGUCUUACUUUAACCCAAAUUCAGAAAUUUGUGCUUUGUAAUCUGUUCUGUAGGCAGUGCCGCUACAAACUUUGUGCAUGAGAUAAUAGCAUAUUUUAAGAGACAGCAGCACAUAUUAUAUUCUGUAUUGGGUAUUUUUUCAAUCUGGCAUUAGUUGAAAGCACAGUAGAAAGUACAACAGAAAGGUGCUAAGGUAUUUAGUUCGUACCAGAUGCUGCCCAUCAAUACUUGGUUAGUGAUACCACAUGAUGUUAACCUGUUUACAUAAUAUGUUCUGUUCUUUUGGUAUCUCAUUAACAAUCAUUAAUCAGUUCCCACCUAAUACUGACCUUGUUGAUUUCACCGAACGCUUUUUUAUGGUUAAAAUUUAUGGCUUGUAUUUAUAUCUAUAAUUGCCUACAAUUCAGAUGAAAAGUGUCUCAUGAAGUCAAGUGUGUGUAUAUGUCUGUGAGUUUGUGUAGAACAAGAAUAUACUGUCUGUGAGUUUGAAAAAAAAAAAA